AUGGAAUAUUUAUCAUCUAGUGAUAUAAUUAAAAUGGGAAUUAUAAAUCUUGAGGAUGAAAGGAAAAAUAAGAAGAAGGCUUUUAAAAAAAUUUCUCAACUGUAUAAAAAAGAUUUCAAGGUUUUAUAUUGUGACACAUUAACUGAUAAAGAUAUAAAUCAGAUGUUAGAGGAUCUAAAAGGAAUUUCAAAUGUUGAAAGUGUUAAGGAAUAUAUAGAUAAAUAUAAAACAUAUCAAAGUCUUGAUUUAGAUUUGAAAAGUGUGAUAAAAAGUUUUAUAUACACUAUUGCUUUUCAAUUUGGCAGUUGUUUCACCUUAAAUGACAGUUAUUUUGAAGAAAUGUUCUCAGAAACACAUAUUUCUGUAGUCACACAUUUCACAAUUUUUAUGAAUUUAUUUGGGACUAGGGACUAUUCAGUUAAAAUAAACAGUCAACAUGAUGCUAAUAAAUACCGCAGAAAUCAAGAUUAUGAUGAUAAAAAUAUAAGAAAAUCACUAAUACCAGAUGUAAAAUUGUCAUAUAAGAAGAGAACAAUUGAAAUACUUGUAGUGGAGAAUGCCAAGUUUAAUUCUAUUAAUGGAAAAAGAAAAAAAACAACUGAUACUAAGAAAAUUUCUAUAUUAAUGCAUGACCAAAUCUCAAGGCUAUAUGAUUAUUUAGAUGAACAUGAUAAGGGUGAACAGGUGAAAGAGUUAGAAGUCUAUGGAGUUAUAACUUCAAGUAAAUAUUAUUUAUGA